AUGUCAACAAUUGGGAGCUUUGAAGGAUUCCAGCCAGUGUCUCUGAAGCAAGAGGGAGAUGACCAAUCCUCCGAGACUGACCACCUGUCCACGAAUGGAGGGGACUCAGUCAAGGAACCAGGACCAAGGCGGAUUUCAAGACAACCAAGCGUGACUAAAUCCACCCUUUACCCCAAUCCUUAUCACCAGCCCUAUGCUUCGCGAAAGUACUUUGCUACACGGCCAGGGGCCAUUGAGACUGCUAUGGAAGACUUGAGAGGCCACAUAAAACAGACUUCUGGAGAGACUGUUCAAGGCUUCUGGCUCCUGACAGAGAUUGACCACUGGAACAACGAGAAGGAGAAGGUCCUGAUGCUCACGGACAAGACCCUCUUGAUCUGCAAAUACGACUUCAUCAUGCUUAGCUGUGUGCAGAUGCAGCAGAUCCCCCUGAGUGCCAUCUGUCGCCUCUGCCUGGGCAAGUUUGUCUUCCCGGGGAUGUCUCUGGACAAGAGACCAGGAGAAGGCCUUAGGAUUUGCUGGGGGAGCACUGAGGGGCAGUCUCUAUUGUCACGCUGGAACCCAUGGUCCACCGAGGUUCCCUAUGCUACCUUCACUGAGCACCCAAUGAAAUACACCAAUGAGAAGUUCCUUGAGAUUUGUAAGUUGUCUGGGUUCACAUCGAAGCUUGUUCCAGCUAUCGAGAAUGCUCGCAAGGAUUCUGCUGGGUCUGGAGGAGGAAAUGAACUCAUGGUGUUAACCCAACCUAUCCUGAUUGAGACCUACACAGGGCUCAUGUCAUUCAUUGGAAACCGGAACAAACUGGGCUAUUCGCUUGCUCGGGGGAGUAUUGGCUUUUGAGCCUCUUUGUUAUAAAGCACAUCAUCCAUAGAUAACUGAUGUGUUUAAAUUUGCUACUUUUUUGGGAUUACAAUCGUUACUUUAAAAUAAUAUUGAAAGGACUGACUUAUUAGUGUUUUAGGAAGUCUAAAAGCUUGAUUAGACUGGUAGACAUUUAAAGUCUCAUAUGAGAGAAAUCAAAUUUCUGAAAAGCCAGACUAAAUACUUCUGAGCUCAUGAAAUAUUAUUCCAUGAGCUCCUAAUUUAAAACCUCUGGACAGAGUCCAUUAUGCAACUUAAAUUUAAAUUUGCCAAAAUUUAAGCUUUUGUUUUUAUAUUCCUCACACUCACAGGUACUUUCAAUAUUUUAGUUCUCAUCCCAUGAACCCUGUUUCAUUCUCAUUAAGCUCUCACUGGCUCCGCCAUUGUAGCCGCCAUUUAUGAGCGCAUUCUAGUCCGUAGUCCUAUCUCUGAUAGUUACCCCAAGAUUCAGGAUCUGCCUCACGUCUUCCAGUCAUGCCUAUAUCAGUCAUUCUGAUGCUCCCUUGCUUUAAGCAUUUUCCAAAUCCAGAUUUCUCUGUGGUAUUUUUUAUAAUCCAUCUCUGAAACCUACCAGUUUCAUGGUUUGAAUUCUAAGCCAAAGACAUCCCAUUAUAGUAACACAUGGGUAUGUGUUAUAACAUUGUAUCCAAGCUUAAAAUACAUUCUCCUAAGACUAGAGGCAAAGCUCAUUCCCAUAGAGUUUGCCCAAUUUAUACAAAGUCUUGAAUUUGAUUCUUAGCAUUGAAAAGAAAAAAAAAAGAACUAAAAAUCAAAAACCACCCACAGUCUCCUUCUGAAUUCCAUCUUUCACUGAUCAAGUCUUCAGUUCUUAAUAUGGUCUCUUAAUUAGGAUCUCUACUCAAAGCAUUUUCAAUUAGUCAUCCACCUCGCUGUCCGUUCCUAAAGCACAAUGUGAUCAUAGCACUCCACAGUCGAUCACUACUGUCCAAUAGUUCAUUCUAUUUUGCAGUAUUUUUUCAAGUAUCUUUUAACAACAUAUCCUCUUCCAAUGAAAUCUUUUGUGGAAUGUCAGUAUAGGACACAGAAGAAGAGCGAGCCCUGUGGUUACAGUGGGGUUGGGACCAGCUUUCUCCUUUAUUAGACUCCUGAUUUUGGAGGGUUUGGAGGGCACCACUAAAAAACAUUGUUUUCAUUCAUUUCGUAUCCAUUUCUUUUUCCUUUUAGUUCUUCUGGUGUCCUCCUGACUUUGCUCUAAUUUUGAGCAACCCAGGACAGCAUUUCAUUUCUUUUAGUUUCUUCCUUUUUACAAUUUUAAAUCUUACAUUUUUUAGCUUAGCCACUCUGAAUGCCCAUCGCUGUAAACAUUACUACAGGCAGCCUUUUGCCACUACUGAGACUCAAAGUUAAGAUACUUACCUUGAUGCUAAGGUUGAAAGUUCUAGCUGUUUUAUUCUUUGGCUCCUCUGACGUUUCCUUUACUCUCUCUCUCUCUCUCUCUCUCUCUCUCUCUCUCUCUCUCUCUCUCUCUCUCUUUCUUUUUAUUAGAAAGCUUUCUUCCUCAGAUUCAAAGACUCAGGUCCAGGCAAUUAUCAAUUUGGUACACACGUUUAGAAACAGAACUUAAAUAAAUAGCCCUUAUUCCAUUCUGUUUACUUCCAUUACUAUUUUGUUCCUUCCUUCAUCCUGCUCUGUCACACCUACCUCUUCCCCCAGGAUGGCAAAUAUUGUUCAAGACCCUAAGGCAAGGAACUUCUAUUGAGACUGGGAGAGGAAAUGUUGAAAUCCUUAGCUGUCCUGUCAACAGUAGUGGAAUGAAAAGUCAUUCAAUUGCUUUGGCAGCACUUCUGAAGCAGGCGUCAUUGGCAAAUUAUUUUAAUAUUGUUGCCUGAAAAUCCCCAUAUGCCUCCAGGUAGUGGCAUUUACUGGCACAAACCUCCGAAAUGCCCAGCUUACUCUCUCAAGUUACCAUUUAAGGAUUUUCCUGGUGAUUGAUUGCUCUGUGCAUAUCUGCCCCUUUUGUAGAGCUCAGUCAGACAUUCUUAAGGGACUUUCUAUCGGACACAGUGUAGCAUCCUCAGCGGAAGCUACCCAAAAUGCAGGAGAGAAGCGGAAGCUGUUUCAUUCUGAGAUCUGGUCUCUGUGUUGCAUAUGGUGAAGAGUGAGCCCAGAGCUUCCCUGAAAACUUUCUCUAAAGAUAUUCGGACAAGAUAGUUGACUAACACAUGGGCUCUACAAAGCAGGGUUGUCCACUAAGUGAGAGGACUCAGGAAUUUGAGUAGCAUUUCAAGGUAAGAAAGAACAUCUUUUUAGUGUCAAAUAUCCAAAGACUGAAGGGUUACUUCUUGAAGUAUGAGCCCCAACUCACUUGCUAUAAAGAUGGCUAGAAAUGAUGUACACUGGGAAUGGCAUUGGUGUAGUACAAUAUCUGAAAAGUCGAUACAGACCUUUAAGGCCAUUGACCUGUUAUUCUCUAAAUAAUGGUUGCUGAACAUUCAGAUAAUUAGAGACCUGUGUUGGAAAGAACUGAAUCAGUCCUGAGAGUUCCUAAAAAUUGCUUUAAUUUUCCUAAUGGUUAAUUUUCUAAUACCCAAACUGGAGGCAGUUUAUGCUUAUUUCCCAGAUGUGGAGCCCCAGUGAUAUGGUGUCAAACCCUCUCACUGACCCAGAAAACAUCAAGUUCCUGCCUAUGUAAAGUGACUUCUGCUGAAGACUGUGGGGCGGCAGCUGGGAUAAUUCGAUUCA